GCGUGUCCACCACGGCGCACCCGGCGCCCAAUCUGUGGCCGCCCGACGGUCCGGGCGCGUCGGUGCGGCCGGUGCCGUUCCCAGUGCACCCGGAGCGGCUGCCCUGGUACAUGACGGACGGCAAGCGCAGGCCCACGCCCGUGCUCAAGGACCCGCGCACCGGGCGCCGCGUGUCCCGCCUCUGGCCGGAGGAGGAGGUCGGCGGCGACCGCGUGCUGAACCAGCUCAUGUUCGUGCCGCCGGAGCCGGAGGGCGGCGCGCCCGCCGGCGAGCCCAAGCUCAAGAAGAUCCUGCUGUACAACGGGUGGGCGUCGUGGGGCGGGCUGGCGCCCGGCCGGGCCGUGUUCGAGCGUGAGCAGUGCCCCGUGGACACGUGCACGCUCACGGACCGGCAGGACGAGGCGGGCACGGCCGACGCCAUCCUGUACAAGGACUACUUCCGCCACCCCGACGCCCCCCGGCCGCCGCGGCAGAUCUGGAUCCUGUACUUCCUGGAGUGCCCGUACCACACGCAGCAUAUCAAGUACAACGACGUGUUCAACUGGACCGCCACGUACCGGCGCGACAGCGACCUGGUGGCGCCGUACGAGCGCUGGGCGUACUACGACCCGCGCGUCAAACAGCGCCCGCUCAGCGAGAUGCCCAACUACGCCGCCAACAAGACCAGGAAGGUGGCGUGGUUCGUGUCCAACUGCGCGGCCCGCAACGGCCGCCUGCAGUUCGCCAUGGAGCUCUCCAAGCACAUCCAGGUGGACAUCUACGGCGCGUGCGGCCAGCUCAAGUGCCUGCGCAACGAGCCCGAGCGGUGCUUCGCGCUGCUGGACCAGCACUACAAGUUCUACCUAGCCUUCGAGAACUCCAACUGCAAGGACUACAUCACGGAGAAGUUCUUCGUCAACGGCCUGGGGCGGAACAUCAUCCCCAUCGCCAUGGGCGCGCAGCCCGAGGACUACGCGCGCUCGGCGCCGCACCACUCCUACAUCCACGUGGACGACUUCGAGUCGCCCAAGGCGCUGGCGGCCUACCUGCACAAGCUGGACCAGGACGACGACCUGUACAACAGCUACUUCCGCUGGAAGGGCACGGGCCAGUUCAUCAACACGCACUUCUUCUGCCGCCUGUGCGCGCUGCUGCACGACGACUUCCGGCCCAAGUCGUACCGCGACGUGAACGCGUGGUGGCGCGGCCCCGGCGUGUGCACGGCCACCUCGUGGCGCAAGCAGGGCAAGCACAAGUUCAUCCUGCCGCCCGACGACGACCGCCAGGGCCGGCUGGACCGGCAGGACCUCCGGCAGGACCGCGGGGAGAGGAGCAAGGACUGAGAGAGACUGACCCAACCCUCGGCCGGCGCCAGCCACGGCGCGGGACGGCACAGCGCGCUCCAAACGUCUAGCAGGGAAUCUUGAAAGAAAUCGUGCGAACAUAGUGCGAACUAAAUUUGUUCCUGACUCUCUUGUAAGAUAUGAAGGGAAAGAUGAAGGAAAACAUUCGUUUCCAAUAUGUUUGCACAAAAGUCUUUCUACAAUUACAAAUGGAGUCAAAUUUCUUGGAGAGACAUUUGAGUGCAGCAGCAGGAGGCUUGUGAUGCUCGGUGGCGGUCUUGGCCAUGAGGUCCCCCUCCGAGCCGGGCCCGAAAACGUCCCGGGCAGUCCGACAAACCGCGGCGAAGGUGAUUGUGCGCGCAACGACUGAGAGUGUGUUACCAGGAAAAGAGCACAAUUACUGUGAUGAAAGCAAUUAUGUGAUAUUGAAACUACAAACAAAACAAAGAAAAGAAUUUAAACGUUAAAAAGACACUACCAAGAAUAACCAAAAUGUACAGUUAAGUAGCUGGGCACAAUAACCCUAAUUGUAAAUUUUUAGAUGAAGAGACGACAAAGUUUAAAAUUCGCGUUGCCAUGUGUGUUCAGCGCAAGGUGCUAUCGUUGUAGUGUGACAGUCAAUUUUGCGAAAUCCAAACCCUGAAGGGGAAGUUUCAAGUCAAGGCUGACGCACAGCUUGCCUUUAAAGCCAAGUCCUCGAGUUUUUAACUUCCUAAUUACAUAAAUUAAUUGUAGACAGUGUUGUUAGGUAACAAUUUUCUAAAGGUGGACGGAGCGUUGUAAACGUUGCUGUUCGUGUAGUAAUAUUCAAUGUCAUGUUAAACGCGUGUCUUCUUUUCUCGCCACAUUUGUAUAUAAUCAUCAACUCUAAAUGUUCAUAUAAAGUUCAUAUUAAAAAUAUUCCAUUUCUAA